AUGGGAAACCUUCAAUUGGAGACAUAUGAUACGAUAUUUUUCCCCAUAUGGGGGGCAGCGCAGAAAUAUGUGAUAUGUUUUGAUUUGCCCGACGGUAAAAUGAAUAUCAUAGACCACACUUUGUCCGAAACGAACACUCCCUUCGAAGUCAAGUACGGCAAGACACCAUUUCUUCUGAAAAAAUUAUUUUCUGAAGCUCUCACGCGGUUCAAAGUUCCUAAGAUGGCAGCCCAUGUGCUAAAAUGCAGAACACACGUGGUCACCAUGCCUUGGAGAAACAACAACGUCAUUGACGAGGGAGGGAUCUAUGUUAUGCGGCACAUGGAAACCUAUUUUGGAGAAAGGGAAAAGGACCGGGAAUGUGGCCUCAGUGCGAGUGGAACUAAAAGCGUGGAGAUGUUCCGCAUCAAAUAUGCAAGGACCCUCCUAACGUGUAUUUACAACACAAGAGGUGGUGACAACCAGAAGAAGGCAACGCGUUUUUGGAAAGAGAAGCCGAAAAACUUCAACUUUGAGAAUUGGGUCGAAGGAUACGGUCUAUAG